UAAUCUUUCAACCCAACGAAGGUGUCAGCCAGCGUGUUGUUGCUCCACGAGACGUUAGGAACAGCAAGCUAACUGCUCUGUGAAUUGUGUACAGACAUCACUUAAGUCACAGAACCAACACAGUCACUCUACAUCACAGCUCGUGCAGUCAUCGGGAGGAGAAGAAACCUGAAUAAAUUACACGUGUCCUGAAGCAGUAGUAGUGAUGAGGCCAUUAAAAAAUGAAGAAAUUACCGUGGUUUUCAGCAAGCUGAAGCACUACAUUGGUUCCAAUAUCAAGGCCUUGCUUGAACGCUCUGAUGGACUUUAUUGCUUCCGUCUUCACAAUGGUAGAGUCUACUAUGUUAAAGAAGAUAUUGUGAAAUUUGCCUCCACUGUACCUCAUGAAAACAUUAUAUCACUAGGAGUUUGUUUUGGCAAGAUAACAAAAGGAGGGAAGUUCCUUGUACAUAUUACAGCAUUGGACUUCCUUCAUCCCUAUUGUCAGAACAAAAUUUGGAUGAAAGAGUCUGCUGAACAAAAUUUCAUGUAUGGGAAUCACGUUUACAAGUCUGGUUUGUCACGGAUCUCAGAAAAUACUCCAAAAUAUGCUGGUGUUGUUGUUUAUUCUUCAAAGGACGUUCCAUUGGGUUUUGGUGUAGCAGCUAAGGCAACAGCAGAGUGCCGGCAUUCUGAUCCCAUGGACAUUAUAUGUUUCCAUCAGGCAGAUAUUGGAGAAUAUAUCAGAAAUGAGGAUACACUUACUUAGUAAUUUUUAUUUGUUAAAAUGCAACAAAUUAAAUAAUAAAUUGAGAAAUGUUCUGCUUUUAUGAUAAUGGGCCUCAGCAAAGAUAAAGUUGUCCACUCAGUGGCAGCAUCAAGGGAGCGAAAGAGGGUAUGAAGCCUCCCGUAAUCUCCAGCCCACCCAAAGACAAACCAAAUAAUAGUAUCAAAAAUGUAGCCAUCUCUAAUCCUCUACACACAUUCUGGAACCACCACUAUGUUCACUCGGUAGUGUGAGGAAAAAAUAAUACAUAUAUGAAUGUCGGCUAUUUUCCAAAAUACACUAUCUCAGAUGCAUAGAAAUUUAGAACAUUUUUUUGUGAAUAUGUGCUGUACAGUAUAAUACUGUAAUCUAUUUCUUGAAAUAAUGGAUAUUAAAUUUGCUUGAAAGAAUUAAGAAUAAAUAUAUAAGACAGUUGUAAUUUAUUCCAUGUGAUGGCAAUGGAAUAUAAGAAGACUUGUAACUUUUAUUUUAAAUUGGAAUAAUCACCACAGCACAAUACUUAUUUUUCAUAGUUCAUCAUCAAUGGCAUUUUAAAAUGAUUACUACCUUAACCCUUUGACUGUCGCGGCCGUAUAUAUACGUCUUACGAGGUACCGUGUUUGACGUAUAUAUACUCAUAAAUUCUAGCGGCUUCAAAUCAAGCAGGAGAAAGCUGGUAGGCCCACAUGUGAGAGAAUGGGUCUGUGUGGUCAGUGUGCACCAUAUAAAAAAAUCCUGGAGCACGCAGUGCAUAAUGAGAAAAAAAAAAACUGACCGUUUUUUUUUAAUUAAAAUGCCGACUUUGUGGUCUAUUUUUGUAUAGUAUUUAUGGUUGUAUUCUCAUUUUCUUGGUCUCAUUUGAUCGAAUGGAAAACAUAUUACAGAAGUAGAGGUGAUUUUGAUUGAUUUUACUAUAAAAAGAACCUGGAAAUGGAGCUCAAAGUAGGAAAAGUGUUUGAUUUUUGCCAAUGUUCAAAAGUAAACAAAUGAUGUCAUUGUCCAAUAAAUGUCCAACUAGCCAUUCUAAUAUGCAGUCAUGAAUGGGUUGAUGUUAUUUAUACAAUUAUUACAGUAUUGCAGUAGUCUGCAUAAUAGUAAGUCUUCUAUUUUUUGUUUGAAUAAAAAUUCAAAAUAGAAAGCAAGAGUAAUAUCAGAGGGACCUGGAGACAUGACUGAUGAACGAUGAAAAUGUUAUUUUAGAGCCACGAAUGUCUGCAUUGUUCAUUCUGGACCUUAUUUUGAAAUUGUCAUAUUUUUUAGUUUUCGUGAAAUUGGCCAAAUUGCAAAUUUCUGACCACAUUAUUGGGUAGUUGAAAUCGGUAAAUGGGCAGUUUCUUGUACUCAAUAGAAAAAAAUGGAGUUCUAAAGAAAUAGCUAUGAGUUUGGGCGACUGGAACAAUGGAAUUAGCUGAAAAUAGGGCUCAAAGUGGGCGAAAUUGCCGAUUGUAAAUAUCGCCGAUGUCGCUAACUUCGCGAGAGCAUAAUUCUGUCAGUUUUCCAUCAAAUUUCGUUUUUUUUGUGUCAUUACAAUCGGGAAAAGAUUCUCUAUCAUUUCAUAAGAAAAAAUAAUUUUUUUUUUUUUUAAAUUUUGCGACACCAGGAGACACCUCAGGAUUGGGGGUUGCGGCAGUCAAAGGGUUAAAUAUGGUGUGGAUAUUAAUUAAGAAGAAAAGAAUAUAGGUUUAUUUAAAAGUACAGUUCAUGGCAUUGUUGCGAAUGUAAAAUUGGAUUUUGUAAAAUAAUAUCAAAUAUUUUUUUCUCUUACAGGAUUGUAGAGAACUUUAGAAUGUAAAUGAGAAAAGUAAAUUUGCAGGAAAUAAAAAUCAGCAGUUUUAUGGUGUUUUGAAGUUUACCAAUGGGAGACUUUAUUUUUUGGAACAUUCUCAGCAGCAUUUUCAUUUGCUUUCUUGGAAAUUUCUGUUUAAUACACCAUAGUUGAUUGGCAUCAGAUUUUCAAUGCUCAUGUAAUGUAUUCUGGGCAAGAUUUGCUGUAUAACCCUUGUGGUUUAGCACUUCUUUUUGAUUCUAAUAAUAAUUGGGCAAGAUUUAUGGGACUAUUUGCAUUCAUGGAUGCCCUAUGCUACAUAGACCAUUCCCAAAUUUUGUUUCCAUAUGAUAGGUGGAAAUAAGUCCUUCUGAUUGGCUUCAAAAUUUCAACAUUCGUGUAUCUUUAUUAGAAGAAGGUUGGUAUGUUUAAUGGAAUGCGCAGAUGUCAUUCUGCCAAUUUUAAUCUUGAAAUGGUAUAGUGUUAUUUUACCUUAUUGUAUUAUUUUGCCUUGAUACUGGUGAGGGCCUCUUGAUCCAAGGAACUGGACUUAUCUUCCCCUUGCUUGGAUUGAUUUUGAAUGCCUCCCAUUCCACAGGUGCUAUAUGACUCCUACGGGGGUAUCAUUUUCCUCUGAUUAAUAUAUAACUAUUAUGAAUGGCAUCAGUCUUCAAUGGUUGAUGCUAUAAAAUUAAAUAUUUCAUGGAUUAAGGCUGUGUAGGCACAGAUUUUGUUGGACGCCAUGCAAUAACUGGAAAAUGUAUCUUCUGGUCAACUUUAAGAAUGCUGUAUGACCCUUGUGGGUUUAGCACUUAAUUAUGAUUACAGUGGUACCUCGAAUUUCGGCCUUAAUUCGUUCCAGAAGGCUGUUCAAGUGCUGUUACCGAACGAAUUUGUUCCUAAAAGGAAUAAUGUAAAUUAGAUUAGUCCAUUUCAGACCCCCAAAAAUACACUUUCAUAACUGUUCGAGUUGGGAGCUGUUUGAAAUUCAAGGUACCACUGUAUGAUAAUAAUAAUGGUCAACUUUGAACUUUUAAUACUGAUGUGUUUUCCUCAAGGGAAGCAGUUUCUUGAAGUUAAAUUGUGUACACUGGCAUGUGCUAAUUUUAUUAAUAAAAUUGGUUUCUUU